GUUAUGUUUACUAUCUAUAUUCUUAAUUUGAAAUCGAGCAGUUAAGAUUUUAUUAAAAGUUUAAAUUUAAAAUUUAAAAAAUUAGAUAACAAAUCUCACAUAUGAUCACUUAUCAUAUGUUCAAAUUAAAUAUGAAAGGGUCUUAAUUCAAUAAAUAAACAGUACCUUAGACCUCAUAAUAUAUCAAAAAGGGAAAAGAGAAAGAAAUGAAACAGAUUGAAAAUGGAAGAAGAACAAAACAAGGAAAAUGAUAGACAAAAGUGUACGUCGGCAAGACUGCAUGCCAAAUUUUGCUUUCUCCGAAUCUUAAGAAACUUUUGUCGAACCACUUGACUUUAUAUGAAUGAGAAAAAGAGAAUAGGGAAAGAUAUUUAGAAAAAAAAAAAAAAAGUGACUCAAAAAUUUGAAACCUUAUAAAGAGACCCCCACCUUUCCUCCCUUCUCCUAGCAAGAAGAUAUCACUAUUCUAUCCCUCUCUAUCUCUCUUCAUAGCUUUUUGAAAAUUAUUUGGGUUUGAAAUGGCAUUACCUUCUCUCAAAUCACAGCUCAACAACUCUGUACAAUCCAUGUUUGAUGAGGGAAUGCUGGAUAGCCAAUUUGCUCAAAUUCAAGCACUACAAGAUGAAAGCAAUCCGAAUUUUAUAGCUGAAGUGAUCACCUCCUUCUGCACUGAUGCUGAAAGGAUCAUAACAGAAUUGAGCAAAAAUAUGACUCAACAGAAUGUGAAUUUUUCCAACUUGGAAUCUUGUGUUCAUCAGCUGAAAGGGAGUAGCUCAAGCAUUGGCGCGCAGCGAUUGAAACUUGCUUGUGCUGACCUUCAACAGGCUUUUGAUGAUCAAAACAAGGCAGGUUGCCUGCAGGCCUUGAAUAUAAUCACACGCGAAUAUUUUCUUCUGCGAGGCAAAUUCGAGACCUUGAUUCAGCUAGAGAAAAGAAUCUUAGCCAUUGAAGCCAAACAACAGCAACAGAGUAGCUACCAUGCUGCUGGAUCGAUAUAAGGAACAUCUCAUAUAAGUUGAUUAUGUACGGUGAUUCUUAUAUUUCAUAUGUAGUUUAAUCAUCUUCUAUAUUGAUAUUGAGUUUGCUGUUGUUUUCUUUGGGUUGUAGCAAAUGAUUGUUCAUUUCACAAAAACCUUGUAAGGAACUGAGUGGCAUUAUGUUAUCCCUGCCUGUCAUUCCUCCUCCCUAUGCGUGUAUAAUAUACACAAAUCUCGUAUUACUUAAUAGUAUCUGAUGAGAUGCUUUUCUUCCCUUUA